GCAAGGCGGAAGUAACUCGGACACUUUUCUAACCAACAUGCACCUCGCGGGGGUCACCGGUGAUCGGUUCUGCGCAGAUUUUGCUCAUCUCAAACAAGCCUAUUCACCGCUCGCUGGAGAAGGGACGAUAUAGUAACUAUAUCAGGAAUCUCGGAAUCACCAAGGACCACGACUAAAGCUAAAAAUCUUCUUUACUGUUGAAGAAAAAAUCACCUACAUCUUGGAUGGCCUGAGGCAAAAGUGUUCCAGAAAUACAGAGAUGAGGAUGCAGCCUUUGCUCUUGGUGUUGCUGGUGUGUGUCUUCUGGCAGCACGGCAGCGCCUCCCUCGUGAUCGCUGAAUGCCAAAACGCCGCUGUGGUGAAGGCCGCCGAGGAGACCCUAGAGCAGAUAAACGCAGACAGACAGGAAGGGUAUGUCCUCUCACUCAACCGACUUUAUGAUGUCAAACAGGACAUAAAGGCAGAAGGCGUGAACCAUUUACACCUGACGAUAGAUGUUCUGGAAACAGAAUGUCAUGUGAUCAGCAGGAAAAAAUGGAAAUCCUGUGCUGUUAAGGGGAUUGGCAAUCUACCGGUGUUCGGAACGUGUGAUGCAUCGGUUUCUCUUCAGAGCUCCAUCAAAGUUGAGAAUUACAACUGCACCAUUCAACAAGUGGCAGCUCGAGCUAUAGUAAACACUUGCCCCGACUGUCCAACUGCAGAACGCUUUGAUGAUCCAGUUAUAUCUGAGACCACAAGACUGGCCCUGCAGAAAUUUAACAAGGAGAACGCUUCCCCACAUUUCUUUGCUCUUCUGAAUAUAACAGCUGCCACCAUGCAGUGGGUUGUGGGACCGUUUUAUUUUGUGGAGUUCACCGUUCAAGAGACUGACUGCAAGAAAAGCACUGCUGAUAUUGACCUCACGCAAUGCAAGCUGAAGGACUCGGAGUCAGCUCACAAGGGCUUUUGCACUGGUUCACACAUCAAUGCUGAUGACGAGAUGGAGAUGAAAGUUCCCAUUGAGGUCAAAUGUGAAAUCUUUCAACCAAUGGCUGUUCAAGAAGGAGCUUUUGGAUCAGUAUAUGUUCUCUCUCCUCCACCCGUCCAACCUGCCCCCAGAGUCCAGCCCAUGGCCAGCAGCUGCCCAGGGGAGAGACGACACAACCUCGGAUUGACAGAGCUGAAUCUCUGAUUGAAAUCACUUACAACCCAGCCAUCCAGUCUAAACAAGCACUGCAGAUGUUCACGUUUCCCAAAAGACAAAUAUGCUUUUCAUAUUUACAUUUUUCCAGUAUAUAGUUUUUCGCCUAUGCACAGUAACAUAUCAAUAGAGAUAUGUCCAACUGAAGCACACUACUGCUGGGUGUUUCAGAAAACCUUUUCAGAAAAAAAAAAAGAGGCAUCUUUCAUCUUAAAAAUCUAAAAAUAGAAAACAAAGUAAAUUUAAUUGAAAAAUUAAGCCUGGUAUGUAUGUUUUUUUUUUCUUUUGCAUUGUGACAUUAUUUUCAUGACGAUUACACCUAAACCCUUUACACAUUCUCAUUACUGUAAUGCUAAAAUAUGUUGUCAGCGUCAAUACUGUAAUUUGAAAAUCAAGUAUCAAAAGUCAAAAAUAUCAUGGUAGUUUUUAGUCAUUUUUAUAUUGCAUUUAAACGUAAUUAUAAUUCUGCUCACAAUUAUGAAUUCAUUAUUAAAUUUAACAAUUGAAUGAUUGUAUUAGAAUAAAGAGAAUAAUAUAUUAAUAAUAUUUUUAAUUGAAUAGUCACAAUACAACACUUAUUUUUCUAAACAAAUAGCUAAUCAGGCUAGCUAAUCAAAUAGCUAAGUUUUUGUGAUAUUCACUCUUUUAAGAAUAAAUGGCUGAGGAACAUACUGUAUUACUUAAGAAAACCUAUAAGAUUUGAAUUUAAUUAUUAUGUACGAAAGUGGAAUUGUGAUUAGAAGACUAUGCUAGUUGCUAGAAGACUAUGCUAGAUUUAGCUAGUUGCUAAGUUUGGCCAAUUCAAUAAUAAACAAUGAAAGCAACCAAUCUGUUGCCGUUUCUUCCUGUUCAUCUGGAAGAUUUCACUUAGUUGUAGUUCUGCUAUUUCCUUUCACAAUCACACACCGGUGAGUUUAUUUCACUGAUACAUUCAUAAACUUGUGUGAUCUGAUCUUGGAAGAGGUGAUAACUUGCAACUGACUGGGGCCAUUUUGGUUGAUGAAAUAGGGGAUAGUACUCAACAUAUAUCAAACGCUUAAAGGGUUAGUUCACCCAAAAAUGAAAAUUAGCCCAUGUUUUACUCACCCUC